GACGCUCAUGGCGCAGCUCGAAGGGUACCGAUGCCCGAUUGUCGUGCGCACGGCGCAUAUUCAGCCCUACGACAUGCCUCGCUACGUGGGUGAAGUCAUUUCGCAGCUGCACGAGCUGAGCCAGUGGACGACCAAGUGCGCGACCAUGCUCAACCAACACCACCCCUUCCACGCGACACCGCCGAUGCCCAAACCAUCAGUCCCAACAACAAUCCUCUCAGAGGUCGAGCUGCUCAAGCGCAGCCUCAAUGUCGUUGAGAAGCAGCAGUCCAACAAACUCGUGACCGAAAUCGCAUAUCUCCAGUGCGCCCUGCGGAGCGAAGCCGACGAGAAAAUGACGGCGUUCGAGCACUUUGUCGAAACACGCCUCGGCCAGAGCAUCCGCGAGCACACGCACGUCCUUCAGAUGCAGCAGGAUGCAAUUGCAACCAAGAUGGAAGCUAUGGCCGCCACCAUGGGCCUCGUGCGCUCUGAAGUGGACGCGCUACAGACCCGCGUCGGCCAUGUCGAGGAGAUGCUUGAAACAAACGCAAGCGUCACCUCCGAGGCGCUCCAGCGCUUGCAUACGGAAGCAACCCACUACGCGAAGCAGCGCGAGAAGGCCGAUUUGGGCAUCGGCAACCAACUGGCACAAACGCGGCUGCACGUGCAAGACGCGAUUGGGAGUCUCAAAGUACAACGCUACCAAGGGGUUUAUGUCAAAAUGUACAAAACCACAAACUAG